UCCAAUUCCAUCCAUCAGAAGACACCAUCAGGCCAGGGCCUGACAUGGCUGUGUUUUGUGGGCCUGUCGAAAUGCCUGACAAGUGACACACGAAAUUAAGGCCAGGACAGGGGCCCAUACACAUAGAUAUAGACGGGGCUGAUGGAGCUACAGCUUGGGCCUGGAGGGGGGUACGGGCGUACACGCCGCAUGCACGUGUGGAAAAUUGCGCAUACGCCGCGUGCGUCAGAGCAAAGCUCCACAGCGACGCUGCACCUGAGGAGGGACUUCCACCUCGCUACCAACACCAACAACAGGCGGGCUAAUAUGGAAAUGCAACGCAAUUUGGAGAGCCGAAACGUACUAUGUAUUGUGUGAACAUUAACACGCCAGACAGCGGACAGCAGACAGCGGACAGCAGACAAUGCGCUGAGAAGUGUAUGAUUUAUGGCUAAGCAAGAGCAAAGGCAGCGGCUUUACACAUCAGAGUACUUCCGCGAAACACAAAGCAAUGACGUCACAAUGCAGCAGCAACAGCAGCAGCAGCAGAAGCAGUAGUAGUAUCUGCAAUCACGCAUACGCCGCAGCGGCCGCAGCGGGUUCUCCUUUUUUACACUGCUGUUCUGGCUGUUGCUCUUGAUGUUUGUGGAACGAUGAACCAAAACAAACGCAGCGUGAAACUGGCCGAAAUGCAAAGAGCAGACGAUCGUGUAAACAGCUGAGCAGCCGAAAAGCUCUCUGGCCUGUGGCUCGGUGUCUCUCUGGCCAAAUGAAAGCUCUCCUCCCCAUUUAGCCGGCUGCAAGGCAAUCGAUCGAUGGGCCGCCGAUCGCCUCUCCCAGUCGGUUCUUUGUCCAGUGCGUUCUAGACGGCGCGCCUUUGCAGACGUCGUGCAGCGUGAUUGGAAAAGCGUUCGGGAAAAAUCCAAUAACUAAAAAUUAUGCAAUGAGUGCGUGUCGGCGUGAAAAGUGAAACAAUCCUGAUCAUAGGUGGCGGCAGGAAAUAUACGAGUAUACAACGAAAAAUACACCAGAAAUAAUGUUCCAUCGUAUCUUCCAUCGCUUUAUGGGCAGCAUGAAAUGGUGCAAAUAAUUCAAUAAUACACAAAUAAAUGAACGCGCAAAAGAACUCAAAAUAGGAACAGAAACAAUAAUCGAAACAGCACAAGCUGAGCAGCAUAAACAAAUUUGCCACCUAGAAGGUGCGAAAAAAAAAUGGCGCAUCAGCAAUGUGUGAACAACCUGGACCAAGGAAGCGAACCCAUUUGACCACAGAGCAGAGCCCUAAGCAAUUAUGAAAUUAAUAGCCAGCGAAUUGGUCGAAGGCAAGAGAAACAGCAACAUCAACAGCAACAGCACUUGAACAGCAUUGAACUUUUCGUGAAAGUUGAAUAGAACAUAGAAAGGCGACAGAUUUGUUUUUUGGCAACCUCUGCGAAUCAUUUUCGCGGAUCGUUGUACGCUGCGCGGCCAUGAAGCAGGAGAAAACACUGCAGACCAUGGCCACAACACCGCAUGGCAAGCAGCAGCAGCGCCACCAGCAGCUCUUGGAGCGCUCCUCGUCCACGCCCCGCAGUCCCAUUACCAAGGCCUUCGACUUUCUGCCGUGGGCGCGCAGUCGCAGCAAGGUGAACACGGCCAAGGCCCAGUCGCCACAGCCCGAACAGCAGGCGGAAAAGCCCACGGAGGUGCACUAUCAUCGCAACAUUUUCCGGAGCGGCGGCGGACUCAUCCGCGACAUUCUCGUGGGCGACAAGCAGCUGAAUCUCAAGGAUAACAAUGCCAGCAAGCCGCCCCAGUCCCCGCUGCCGGCAAACAAGCGGAAGCAGAAGCAACUGUCGCGCAACAAGAGCCUGGACAUCCGGGAGCUUAUCGGCUGCGUGGACAGCGAACUGGCACCCAGGUCGUCGACUGGCGGGGGACAGGCACAGGCAGGACAGCCGACUCGCUUCCUGGACGACACCUACAUCGACCACAAGCCCAAGCAUAUUCUCUUCAAUGACAACGAGAAUACCGUGUACAUCAUCAAGAAGGAGCAGCCGGUGGCCCAGAGCACACACAAACCCCAGGCAGCCGCCGCCGCCUCCGUGUCCAAUGGCGAUGUCCUGAAGGCCCGCCUCAAGUUCAAGCGCCUGCCCAGUGACCGGUAUGAGACGGCCUCGCCGGAGGCUCUGCGUCGUGCCCACCAGCUGCACCAGCGCUCCGAGCAGCGCCACCAGCUGCAGCGCCGCAAGAGCCUCAGUGACCAGCAGAGCAACUCCAGCCACAGCAGCGGCGGUGGCGGUGGCGGUGGCGGCGGCGGGAGAGCGGGCGAUGGCUUUGGCAUCGGCAGCGGCAGCGGCAGCAUUAUGCUGGAGCGACCCAAGACGGACAAGCCGCGCAAGAAGCUGUCGUUCCGGGAGCCCAUUGUGGCCGGAGACCAGGUCAAGCCGCUGCUAGUGGCCGAGCAGCGGCAGGCGAGGCAGCGACGACGCAGCUCGCCCCUGGAGCGCACCCGAGGGGUAUUGGCUGGAGCAGGCGGAAGCGACUGUGAUAAUUUAUGCAAUAAUCGCACAAAGGAUGCAAUAUCCUGCGGCUGUGCGGCAAGCGAUCCCGAGUCUCAGGCCAUGCGCAUCGUUCGCACCGUCGGACAAGCCUUUGAAGUGUGCCACAAAUUUAAUCUUCAUAAGAAUUCCCUGGAACCUAAUGACGAGCGCUCCGACAUCUCGUCGUCGGAGCUACUCGAUGUGGAGCAAAUCAGCGAACAGCAGCUGAGCGACGAUGGGGAACGAGGCGGUGGCGGCGACAACGAGACGCCAAGGAAAGAGCACUUGGCCAUAUCGCCCGAUCUGAACCACACGCAGCCGCAGCGCCCGAACCACUUGGAGCUGAUGCCAUCGCAGUCGAGUCUACGCAAAUCGACCAGCCUGCUGUGCGAUGUGGACGACAAGUCGCCCGGCUCACCGGCAUCGCCGCGCACUGAGAUCACACAGCUGAAGGAUCAGCUGGAGGCACAGGCCCUGCAGACACGUCAGGCACUGGGACAACUGAUGCUGGUGCGAGAGCAGCUCAUCUCCGAGACGAAUGCGCGCAUCGAGGCGCAGGCACGCACGCAGCAGCUUCUGCAGCAGAAUCGUGAGCUCUUGGAGCAUCUGGCCUCGCUGGGGGCAUACAACGAGCAGCAGAGCGCUGGCCUCACUACCGCCAACAUAGGACUGGCUCCCCAGCAAUCACAGCUGCAGCUGCUGCUCCAGGCCACCAGCAACAACAACAACCUGGCGACCAUAAACCAGCAGAUCAACAAUCUGGGCAACAUCAACCAGCAGCUCACCUCACUCAGCCACCAGUUGAGUGGGCUUAAUCAGCAGAGCCAACAUCUCCAGAACCUGCAACAGCAGCAGCAGCAACAGCAAACGCCACCAACGCCGCAGCAGCAACAGCAGCAGCAGCAGCCACAGCUGACUCCGGCCACACCGCCUCCAGCCAGUGGCAGCAGUACGUAUCCCUCCAUGAGUCAGCUGCAGAGCAUCAGCAAUCAGCUGCAGCAGCAGCAGCAACAGCAGCAGCAGGAUGCCCUGUCCAAGGAUCUGUUCCAGGUCAAUCAGGAGCUGCUCAACAGGCUGCAGGCUCUCAAUCUGAAUGCAAAUCCAGCACCGACUCAGCAGACGCCCUCUGCCUCGACGCACAACUCCUUCUUCUAUGCGAAUCCGUUGUCCUGUGCCGCGGCCACACCCAACAACAACAAUGUGGCAGCGGGCGGGUUCAAUUUCCUUGCAUCUCCGGGGCCAACGGGCAACUUGACUCCCUCGCCACUGGGCACCUUGAACCGGAACUCCUUUGCCGGCAGCUCCUCCCUGAACGAGGACUUGCGCCUGAGCAUUGAGCAGAAUCUGAAUAGCCUUGAGGAGCAGCUGAAGGCGGCCGUUUCCAACGGUAAUCUGGCUGGUCUGGCCUGCGGCGGAUCCACGAGCACGCGGGACACCAGCCGCAGCUCCUCCACGCUGGACUCGCCCUCGUCGCCGCGUCUACGCAACAGCAACAACAAUAUCAGCCCCGGCAGCAGCCAGAGCAUUGGCAACGGAAAUGGAAAUGGGAAUGGGAAUGGGAACGGCAACAACAAUGGCGGCAGGGAUACACGCUUCAAUACGGUGCUGCUGCGGGUGACGGACGAGGCGGGACACCAGCGGAAGCUCUCGGCCACGCCCAGCUUCAUAACGCGCAGCACCAGCGAGAAGGUGCCCAAUCGUAGCCAGAUGAUGAGCCAGGUGCAGAGGACCACCUGGGCCAGGCACACGACCAAGUGAGCGAGGAUACACAGCUACAGGACACAGGAUACAGGAGAUUCUACACGGACCAGGACCUAAGUUAGACGAGAUUGAGUGGUUGAAUUCGAUGAAGUGUGAGUGUGCGUGCGUGCGUGCGUGUGAGUGGAAAAGUGUGUGAAUGAGUUGAACAGUAUUAAUUUAGAUGAAAGCUGUAACUUUAGUUUGCAUUUUAGGAGCCGGUCGCAGUGUGCCAAAGCAAAUUAAUUGCCCGCCCCCCCAGCUCAAAGUUAGUCUAGUGAUUAUCGAUUGAUUAUGUUACCUACCUACCUACCGAUUAUAAUCGUUGUUAAGCGGUGAUCGGUGAGAGAUUAAAGUGUGCCAAAUUAGUCUCCAAUUAGUCUUCUCUAACACAAUGUCGAGUGUCUAGUCAGUGAAAGUAUUUACGAAGAAGCCCAAGAAUAUAAACCCAAAAAUCCCCCCCCUCCCACAAUGGCAUAUCAGCAAUGAAGAAACUGGAAAACUAAACGUUGAAAAGUAUUUUCUCUUCCUAAAAUGAAUUCUACUACCUAUACACACAUCCCCCUUACCAAUUAAGCUAUUGAAUCUAUAUCUACUAUAUUUCUAUUCUAAAUACUUAGUUCAAUAAUGUUAUUUUUGUAAAUUGUUGUAUUUUAAUUGACUUUUCCCCCCUACGAAUGUUGCCAAAUGGAAAAUGCAAUAGUAAUAAUAAUAAUAAUAAUUAUUUGAAAUGCCAAUAAUCUAUGCAUUAAUUAGUUGCCCGGUCAAAUGUUAUUUGUUCAUUGGAAAAUCGAAGAGCAACAGCAGCAGCAGCAGCAGC